GGAAGAGGCCGGACAGGAAACCGCGUCACUACUAGCAGGCGGGACUGCAGGGGUUACCGGGUCCUGACGGCCUGGAGAGGUUGUCAGAGACUUUUAAACAUCCUACCGACUGUUCAGCAGGAUAAGAAAUAAGAUCGGGAUAUGAAGUUAGGAUAUGAGAACGAGAGCAUCCUUGUUAAGCACAGGACAGUGACCUGCGAUCUGGUGCUGCACUUACUUGUCCCUGGGGAGUUGAAACAACAUGAAGGAUCUGAAGAAAAAAUUCUUGUGCAGGUGCCCGACCCAGCUUCUGCGUCGACGCCCAGAGCAGCCAUCCUUACCUGCUGGGCUGAGUGCCCAAUCACAGUCUCCCUCCCAGAGCAUCCCUUCCUUCCAUCUUCAGGAGUCAGAUGUGUUCCCCCUUUCCAGACCCACAGAUGUCCUCCUCCGAUGAAGCAACCAGGGGAACAGGAGCUGGCUUUAUGGGGUGGUAAUCAGGAACGAGUUCCACAGGGAGGGGGUGACACAAACCUUAGAGGGAUCCAGAACCCUCCUUCCUCCUUGCCUCACCAUUCCUCAGAUCAAUUACUCAGUCUAGGGAGGAAGAGUCCUGCUCUCCUGCAUCAACAGACUUCACGGGCCCAGACCCCACGACCUGCUGCUCAAUACGAGAGUACCCCAACCACAGAGAGGGACCAGUUGUCUUCUACCCUCCCACCACCUGCACAGGCUGUUGCUCUCCUGAAGGGUCAUCCAGAGCUGCAGGCACUUUUGUCGUUUCUCCCCACGAAGUCGGAUAUGUCUGCCAUGGCCUCAGAUUUUAAGUCUGCCUGGUGCCAAGAUCUUCAGUCAGUCAAGCAAUAUGCAGCUGAGUUACAGGGUAGGGUGGGAGGCCUAGAGUAUUUUCAAGGGACUGUUCAUGAUUCCAUGAGGGACAUGCAGAAUGCUCUCCAACCAACCUCCAACCAUCACGCACUGGCAGAGCAUCUGGAUGAUGUGGAAAACAGAAGUUGCAGGAACAAUAUUCGUAUCCGCGGACUCCCGACAGCUACUCGCUCUCAGGAUCUACAACCUACUGUCAUCGGCAUCUUCAACAUGCUCCUAGGAUGCCUCCCUGAAACACAUAUUGAAAUAGAUAGAGUACACCGGGUAUUGAAAGCACCCAGCACUGACCCUGCCCGCCCGAGAGAUGUAAUUUGCAGCAUUCACUGCUAUACCCUAAAGGAGCAAAUUAUGCCGAAAAUAAGACAUUGACUUUGAUGGAGCUACCUUACAACUUGUCCAUUUGUCCAAACAUACUCUCUGACAGAGGGCCCUGUUGCGACCCCUUCUACAUCUACUCCAAGACCGCCACAUUCCUUAUAAAUGGGGUUUUCCUUUUGCCCUACAUGUCACUGCUGGAGAUGGUGUGGCCUCUCUUCACACCCCUGGAGACCUACCACUCUUCCUCUCCACCCUCGGUCUCCCUCCUGUGUCUCUUCUGGAAUUGACUGCUUACUUGAGUGACCCCUAUGCCCCUCCACCUGCGCCUAGGGCUUCGCAGCGGGACACGGCGAGGCAUCCUACACCUGGAGGACCACUGCCUCAGAGGCCGAGACAGCAGCACCCCAGACUGUCGGGCUCCAUGAUGGAGUCUUCAAAGGACUAGAUUCCUCUAUCACAGCUGCCCUCUGCUGAUGGGGGCCGAACACAGAGUUUCUUCCCCAGAUGGGAAGACCCCUUCCGGACUAGCUCGGAUACGUCUACCUCUAUUUGCCUACACCCCAUGCCCCAUAGUCUCCUACUGUACUAAAUCUGAUCUCUUCCCCUACAUCAGUGGUAACUCGUGGCUCCUCCGGGGGCCCCCACUCUAGUCUCCUCUAGGCCGUGGGCGGACACGCACACACCUCUUUACAGUUUAGUAUAUUUACCUAAUAGUAGUCUGACUCUAGUAGCGCCCUUCUCCUCUCCCUUCUACCCACACUUAGGGAGGGUGUAUGUUCAGUACACCUAUUUGGCAGGAGACAUGUUCUGCCACCAGUGAUACAUUUGCAAGUGUUCUUGCUUUUUUCUUUAUUUACUGUUUUGUUUCUGAGUUACUUGUAUUUUUCUUGUUUCUUCCGCAGAACCCGUUGCUCAAGGACCCCCCUCCGAAUACUCACUCCACUCUCUCACUCCGCAUUCUACCCAUUAGAUGGCCGAGGUGAAGGUUACUUCCCUGAAUGUUCAGGGAUUUAACGUGCCAGAGAAGAGGUCCCAGGUCCUAUACCACUUACAUAAACAUAAGACUAAGAUCUUGUGUCUCCAGGAGACUCAUUUUAAAACUGGCCAUACAGCGGAUCAGUCGCUAUUUUCCCACCUGGUACCAUAGCACCAACUCAGAGUCUCGCUCAAAGGUAGUGUCAGUGGGUUUUCAUUGCUCGCUACCCUUCAACAUGCUAGCUGUACGUGUCGACCCUGAUGCUUGAUACUUAUUUUUUAAGGGAAUGAUCCUGGACCAGGUGGUGACUGUUUACACUCCCAACAGCUCCCAGGUCUCAUUUCUGAUGCGAACUCUAGAGGAUCUAUCAUCUUUUGCGUAGGGUAUGCUGCUAUAAUGUUGCGAUUUUAACCUAACUCAUACAGCCAUCUCCUACCAGCAGCUCAGUAGACUCUGGAAAACUUUUGCACUCCUUGCAAAUAUGCGACGUGUGGUGCCUCCAGCAUCUGCAAGAUAGAGAUUACACAUUUUACUCCAGCCCCAUGACUCCUAUAGCCGCCUAGACUAUAUCUUCCUACCUCAUUUUUAUCUACCCCGUCUGUCCUCCACUCAGAGAGGUAACUUGUUCCUCUCCGACCACGCACCAGUCUCUUGUACGAUUCAGAUCCCCUCACUCAGCAAACCACAGUUUACAUGGUGUCUUAAUGAGUCGCUCCUCUUUGAUUCUUUAUGUUUGUCUGACCUUAAGUCAACAAUAGCUCAUUUUCAGUCUGACCAUAAUAUGGACCAGACACCGUUCCCUGUACAAUGGGAAGCCCUUAAAUGCAUUCUGAGAAGAGUAAUAAUAGGCCACGUCUCUCGUCUUAAAAAGGUGAAGGUGGAGAAGUUGAGGUGCCUUUUUGAGACGCUGAAUUCAUUUGAGGCUCAACACAAGAAGUCUCAACAGGAAUGGUCUUUGAGAGCCAUAAUUAAAACACAUCAUGACAUCUGCACUUUGCUGAAUGAUCGGUUCAAACAAUACAGGCAGCGAUGCUCUAGGACCUUCUAUGAACCCCCUAGAUAGCUUUGAUCUUAAUUACCCACCUCUAAUAGCAACUAUUGACGGUGACCUGAAGAAAUGGACCACUGGCACAUUCUCCUGGCUGGGCAGGGCUAACAUUCUAAAAAUGAAUGUUCUUCCGCACCUACUAUACCUCUUUCAGGCGGUCGCAGUCGCCAUCCCCAUCCCUUUUUUAAGAGUUUGGAUACACUGUUUCGAACAUUCAUCUGGGCGGGGAGACUAUUAAGAGGGGACCUCUACUCUGGCCUUGUAGGUAACUGAGCAUCCGGAUGUCCAGUUGAUGAGUGAGGGUUCGUGGAUGGCAUUUAUUCUGAUGGCGACCAAAGGAGAGCGGGUUCUGUGUUGUUAGUGUUUGUAUUUACCCCCCCCCCCUGUUACCCCCUCCCCUCUAUACUUACCCCUAUCUCCCGCCCUACUUACCCCACCUUAGCAUCCUUCUUUGCUUUCUCUGGUUCCCAAUCUUUUCUCUCCCAACUCCUCCCUAGUCUCCUCUCUCCUCUAUAUCCUCGUUAUCUUUUCCUCCUCUUUUGUCUUCUUUCCCUUCUUCCAGAACAUUACUCUUGCCAUUGGCUGUAAUAGUGGGAGACAAAUUACCUAACACUUAUCCACUAAUAGGUAUAGCUCAUGAUAUAUUUAGUUGUGUUUGACGUAAAAGUUGUUUCAUUAUAUCCCUGCUGUGCACAGAGCAUGCUCUACCUUCUUUUUAUGCUUUGCCAAGAUGUACUGUCAUCUGCAUAUCUGGAAUGUUUUUUCCUUGAUUUUGAUCAUACUUACCAGUAAACUGAUUUGCCUGCUGAAAAAAAACAAAAACCUAGGUAAAGCCAACACUGGAAG